AUGGAGACCAAAACAAUAACCGAUGGCCAGAUCACAGCGUCAACCGAGUACAACGCUGCACACGGCGCCACCAAUGGUAGACUCAAUUUCAAGCCUGGAGAACGAAAGACUGGCGCAUGGUCCGCCCGUCAAAAUGACGUUCAUCAGUGGCUACAAGUGGAUCUUAAAGGCAAAACCGAAGUGACAGGAAUAAAGAUCCAGGGAAGACAAGACGCCGAUCAAUGGGUUACGAGCUUUACUAUUACCUACAGCAGCGACGGCACCACUUAUACACCUUAUCAGAACAGCAAGGUAUGGAAACCAAUGAAAAUCGUAGCAAGGGAAACUCAAGCAAUUAACUAA